AUGGACGCGCGAUCAUUCAGAGACACUUCGUCGUUAUAUAGUGCGAAUAACCCGAAUGCUUCCCAUUUUGUGUUUCUCACUAUUUAUUUUCACUGUAUUGUUAUUUUAUUUGAAAACUUGUGUGUCACGUGCGCUUGCAAACAUCACAAUACGCAGCAAGAAUAUCCAUCAUGUCGGGAGAGUACAAAUGGAGAUGCCGAGGAUAUCAGGACCAACAGAAUUGGUCAGCUGGAAGCCCAAGUUUUGUCUCUUGAGAACUUCUGGAGAGAUCACUCAGACAAUGAAGGAAUUACCGAUCUCCGUAAUAUUAUUCAAAUGAAAUCGGAAAAAAUAGAGAGCCUGGAGGACACAAUCGCAGAGUUCGAGGAUUUUUUGAAAGAGAAUCCGGAUGUCAAGGAGCUGCGCGAUCUCAAGGCUCGGGUGACAGUGGGUGACAGGAGAAUUCGAGAGCUGGAAAAUUGGAUUGAACGUAACACCGAUGUGAGAAUAGAAAAAACAAGGAUUAUUGAAUUGGAAGAGAUGGUGACGCAUCUUGAGGAAUACGUUAAGAGCCACAACGUUGAUGCCCUCAAACAGCAGCUUCAGGAUCGCGAGGAGAGGAUUGAUCAAUUAUCGAGGAAAAUUGAGAGCUUGGAGAAAGACCUUCUGAGACGAGAAUCUCUUCAAAUACCGGAUAAUCGGGAAUCAUUCAUUGAAAAUGAUGAUAUCCAACGCACGUUAGGAGAGAAGGAGAUGAAAAUAAAAGAGAUGGAGCACGCGAUAUCCGAAAAGGACAAUCGACUCCAGGCAUGUGAGCAGGAAGUCAUUGAGUGGCAGGAUAAAGUAGCAAAGAUGACGGAAGAGAUGAAGAGUAUGAGGGAGGAGUUGAGGGAAUAUGAAGCUGAAGAUAUUGGGGUUCUCAAGGAAGAGAUUAGAGUUCGUGAUGAGAGGGUUCAACAGCUUGAGGAUGAGAUCGAUUCAUUAGAAAGAGCGUUUGGCGAGAGAAUUGACCUGGAACAGAUCGAAGAGCUGUUGGGGGUGAUAAAGGAGAAGGAGGAAAAAGAGAAUCGAUUGGAGAAUGAUUUGAAAAAUGCCAAGCAGAGGAAUGAUGAGUUGAAGGAGGCGUUGAAGGGAAGCGUUAAAAUUACAAGUGACAGUGAAAGGAGAAUUAAGAUGACCGAAAGGGCCAGGAAAAAUGCUUUCGAACGGGUUGAAAAAUUAGAGCAGAGAAUUGCAUCAAUGCAAUCGGCCUCGGCACUCAAGUGCCACACUUGUAGGCCCUUACUGUCCAGGCUCUCCAAGUUGGAGAAGAAGCUCGAGCGUUUAACGGACGAACGUAUAGUGCAACUCAAAGACCUCCAUCACUUGAAACGUGAAGCACUCAAAGCUGCAUUAUCAGAGAAGGAUGCACAUCUGGCGUUAUUGGAACUAUCGGGAAUAAAGAAUGCAGCACAAGCUGAUCAAGCGGAGAGGCUGAAAAUGGAUAAGGAGAGAUUGAUGGAGAGGCUCAAGCAAGAGGAUAAACGAUGCAUGGAGCUAUCACAGGUUGACGAUGAGUCGACUUCUAGUGACGAUUCAGGCGAAUCAACUCCACUCCUCAGGAGAAUUCUAGAGCCAACACUUGCAAAAGAGGACCUUGAUUGUAUUCGAGUGCUGGAAGGAGAUAACCAUGAGAGCACUUCUGUGUCUUCCAGACCACUCAGUACUAAUGGCCAUGGCAACGGAGACGGUCGACUCAGCAAAGAAUCCGGUGAACAUCUGGAGAUAACGGUCAGAUAAGUACUCAAACAUUUGGAAUACUCUCGAGAGGGAUCUGCGAGUGAUGACAUUCCGGAGAUAUUUUGUUUUUCGCGCGAGUUUUACGUCGAAUCGCCAAUUAUGAAUAAAUUUUAAAUAUUUUCUUCUAUGUGAAUGCUUCAUAUGACGAUGGGUUGUAAUGGAUUGAAAUGAAGUUGUGUCUGUCAAUGACGUCGGGCCACAUAAAUUUGUCAAUUCUUUUGGGUUUACUUAAUGUAUUAAAUGGAUAUAUCACUUGCAAUCUGCGAGAUAUCAAUCAAUUAUUUGAAAUAUACCCCAGGAUCACUACAAUCUAAGCCUAAUCAACAAUUUUCGAUGUUGGGGAUCAUGUCUCCUGUUGAAUUAUAUCGAUCGAACGAAUUUUUAAGACGAACCACAAAAAGACAGGAUAAAUUAAUAAAAAUGAGUAAUUGGAUUAGAUGAGAUUUGUAGAAAGGUGAGAAAUAAUGAAGAGAUUGUUGGGACAAAUUAAUUUUAUUUGGAUUUCUCGUCACGGGUCCAAAGGUCGUCGUUGUACAUGGAUAAGAAUAAACAGCAGUGUUUUAGGGUAGUCUAGGUGGGGAUCGAGGAUUGAUGAGAUUAAAGGGUUCAAGAGGUGUCAGAGAUUUAUGAUAGGAUUAUUAAAUUCUAAUGUAAUAUUGCAAUAUUUCUGUAAUAAUGGGAUAAUGGUAAUGACGAAUGGUUUUUUUUUGGGGGGAGAGGAGAAAACUCUAAUCUGCUAAUUCGGAGAUUUAUGGACAAAGGUGCUGAAUCGUUUAUCAUGUUGACAAUAAUGACCGUUCGUAUGCAUCUGUCGUCGUCAGUGCACUCUCGGGUAAUUAGGGAUCCCUCUCUAAUCGUUGAUAUUCGUCGCGUUGUUUUUUAAUGACAAGCCAGACGGAAUUUAAUUCUUUAGAUGAUGUUUGUAGGUGGAGUUUUGAGUUUCUGGUAGUAAUGAGAUUGUUUAUUUUAAAAUGUCAGCUGUAGGAAUGAAUUUGUUGUAAUGGUUAGACGGUCCAUGGGUGAAAUAUAUUCAUUUAGAUGAGGAUCUAGGACUAGAUCGAUAGUUGAAAUGCUUAGAGUGUUAUUAUGUGGAAUGGCCAUUUACCCGAGGCACUAAUAUGCAAAUUUUUGUAAAUAAUUUAUUUGAAACUUUGAAUCAUUUUGAGAAUCUUAUGAUUAGAAUGACCUUGUAUGAAUAUUUCACGUUUGAGUCGUCCCCGGUAAAUAUUUAAUGAGAGAAUUAUAAACAAAUUGAUGAUAUAUUAUAAUUGUCCAUUCAGUGUGAACGAAAUCAUGGCUUGUCUAUCCAGUAAAUUGUUAGAGUCAAAGAUUUAUCGAGAUAAAUAAUAAAAUGAACAUUUCCGUCGGUGAAUUUUCAAUUAUAAACCAACAAAUAGGUAAAAAUAAAACGAAAGUUGAUUCGAGUUAUGGAGGAUGCGUGGGCGGUGGGUAAAAUUGAUAACUUGCAAGUGGAAAUAAAGAGACAAUUUAUUCGGGGAUUAUAAAAAUAGUAGUUAUGCAAGUUAGCUAUUGUAUGUGAAUUAACAGAUUAAAAAUUAUAGCUGUGAAGAAUCCGUGGAGAAUUAAUAACGCGACAACAGGGUUGUUCGCCGGGCAAUUUUAUUUAUUUAAAUACGUGCCACCGUCAUAUCAAGCCUAUAUCAUCGUGUUAUGUCAUAGCUAACAAAUUACAUUAAAGUAAUUAAUUAAACGAUUAAAUAUAAAGCGUUAAAAGGAACACAUUGUUAACGACGAAUGAUUUUUCAAUGAAUGCAGAGGAAAUUCCUUCGUACGUUCGGGGAUUUAAUAGAAAUGGGUUAUAAAGAAAAAUAAAAACAAAGUGACGAAUUGAAUUUUCUUGUUGACACAUACAAAUACUAUAAAUUGCUGUAUUCAUUAUUAUUAUUGUCGGAGGAUAAUUCAGAGUUUCAGUGCACCGUGUUAUAGAUGAUGAGCUAUUAUUCCUAGUAUAGGGAUAAUCGAUGAAAAUUGUAUUACAUGAAGAUGAAUAAUUAUUAGUAUUUAAAAAAAUGAGAUUAAUGAAACAAAAUGUAACGAGUAAUUUUCCCUAUAUGAAUGUGCGUUAUAAAUUAAGUAAAAUUCAAAUGAAAAAUAAAUAAUGAAUAUAAAUAAUUGGCUGAUUACUUCGAUUGAAUACAAAGACACUCUUCUCGUUAUUGAAACAUAUAAUUAAUUCGUUAAAAGCGGUGGCUAUUCGUGUUGAUGAGAAAUAUUGAAUAAUUCAAUAAUUCACCCACCGCAUUGUGUAUAACGAUUCCCCCGAGAUAAAUGGGGAGCUGUAACGAUUAUUUUUCGACUCGACUGUUUAGUAUUUAACGAAUGUUUUUAUGUGAAUAAUAAUUAACAAAUGGGACAAAAUGAAGAAUAUGAUUAACAAUUGAAAUGUGGGCGUGCAAAAGUAGUUUGCAGUCUAUUCGCACUUUUUAUGGCUUUGGACUUGGAUCCUAAACGUUUUUUUAUUCUCCAGAGAAAAAACAGAUUAAUAAUGCAAGAGAGAGAGAGAGAGCGAGUGCAAGUGUGAGAGGGAAAUGAAAAAUUGAAGAGAGAGAAAGAGAGAGAAAUAAAGCAAAAACAAAUUAAUGAGAGAGAUUAAAAAAAUGCAAAAACCAAAUACCAAACAAUUUCUACGUGUUAUCGCUACAUCAAUAUUUUUAAGCAAGGAGGUAAUAAUUCAAAUUCGCGUGAACAUAUUUAUUUAUAAGUUGUCAAAUGUGAAGACAUUAUUUAAUUGAUCAAUGAACAAAUUGUAUCGUCAGAGUUUAAAUUCAAGGUAAAAAAAAAAUGAUAAAUGGUCCAUAAAUGGCACUCGCGUGUACAUAUUUAUUAACAUUAAUGGAACGAUAUGAGGAUUGUGGAAUGAUAAAUGAUGAUUAUUAUAAUUAAACCAAAGUAUUCGCCUAUGGAGUCAGCACGCCUCCUCACAUUCACGAGUGAAUUAGGGAAAUCCCCCGCAGGGGUUUAAUAUAAUUCAAACAAUUAACUAAAUGAUGUCAAUGGUGAAAAACAAGUUGUAGUUAAAAUCUAUAGAACAACGUGAAUUGAAUUGGUGGGCAGUGAGGGGAGAAAUAUAGAGGAUGAGGAGAUUAGUUAUGUAAGUUUAAACUCAUAAGUUCUAGCGGUUAAGGCUAAAGAUAUAAAAAAAAACAAAUGAAAAUUAUCAAAGUACAUUGUUGCAACUGCCAUGCUGUGUGCCAUUAUACUGCGUCACUUUCGUCAUUUAAAUGAGGUAUGAAGGAAGAGUAUUGAUUAAAAAAUGCUGAGAGAUUGGGAAUAAUAACCAGACAAUGUAGAUGGGAAAAAAAAUUGUCGAUUUCUAUGAGCGCUGUGUAAAAAAGCUCGAGUAGAUGAGUAUUGUGAGGGUUUACGAGUGGAUAUUAAAGUUGUAUUUCCCGGUGCACAUCUCGAUAAUCUCGGUUUACUUCUCUCGUCCUACCCAUGCUUUUCAUACUCAAACAAAAACUUUUAAAAAAAAAACAAAAACAACGUCGUAUUCUCUGCUUUUCUUAAUCGCAUCAAGACAUAUACGCAAAUUUUGAGAGGAAAUCAAGUACACCAGGAGUCACCUUGAAUUUCUCGAAAUUAUGUCGGAUAAAUUGGGGAUCGGGCGCGGUAUUAUCAAUUUGGGACACCUGAUAAGACCACUGGAAGUGUUGGUUAUCGUUUUACGGGGAAAUUUUAGGCGAGAAUUUAAUGGACAAUUUUUUUCACGAGAGGAAAUAUUUAUUAGUUAAAUAUUGGCAUAGCUGAUUCAUGUAAAAAUUGGUAGUCGAUUUUUAUAGUUAAAUCAUUCUAUCGCGAUAUUUUAUAUCGAAUUUUUGAGUGUUCACUCUAUUUUUAUUUUGUUCAUAUCAGAAAAAUGAAAUGGAAAAUUCAGAAUAUUGGAGGAGUCGAUUUC